AUCUAUCAAUUCUAUAAACCAAUACAUAUUGCAGCCUCCAUAGUGAUUCUCUCUCCUACAUGGCACUCCCACAAUCCUGUAUUUUCUUCUCUUUGAAUUCUACAUUGUAUGCCUUUAGAUUCAGCAGUUAUCUUCUCUCUUGCCACAGCAUCACAUAAUUCCUUACAUUUUCUUCUCUCUUUUCCAUCAAUCAAUUGCCCCCGUUAAUUGCUCUUCCAAAAUAUGCCUUGAUUUCAGAAUUUUCUUCACUCUUUCCCACCCAUCAAUUGCCGCCCAUUAAUUGCUCUUCUAAACAUAUGUUUAAUUUCUCUUUGAAUCAUAUAUGAAUCAAUCGAACGCGACGCAAUCGCCAUACAUUCGUCAACCACCCACUUUGAGGUUUCGGAUUUCAUCGUUGUCUCAACGUUCGAUUCUCCUUCACCGUCAUCUUCGGGUUUAUCAAUAUUCAGUUUUUGAGAUUUUGUUCCCAUAUAAAGAAUUCAUGGAAUUUUUCAAUUGGGAGAAGCUAGGCUAUCCUCCUUGUGGACUUAUAAAUGCUGCUUCGCUAAUGUGGUUCUCCAGUGUCUUAUAUACACCCGUCAACAUGCUGGCUACAUCUGCCUACAUCUUGGAGAAAGGCCACAAGCUAGAAUAUUUGCAAUUGAUAAAAUGCUAUCUUUUCAUUGAUGAAUUUGGUGGAGAAAAGACUGCUCAUCCUAGGUAUGAAGAGACGAGCUUUGUCCAACAUAUAUUUGGAGGUUGCCUUCAGUCUGAGUUAGCUCCAUGGGAUGAUGAGUCUUUGGAGGAGUGUUUGGAUCAAUUCACUGUCGAAGGCGUAGAUGUAUUCCAUAAAUCAAUCUCUAGAUACCAAGCUCAGGGAGAAAGUAAAGAGUCUGCUUUUAUCGCGAGUAAUCAGCUCGCUGAAAAUCUUCACCAACCGUGCAAUCUUGCAGACUUUCGUGGAAGCUCAGAACAGCGUGACAGACGCGUCCUUGAGGAAUGUAUUGAGCCUCGUGAGGUCGAUGUACGUUAUGGUGAUGUUGGGUGAAGAUCCUGCGUUUAUCUGAUAUGGCUACUUAACAACGGAGAAUGUUGCGACAAUGAGGGAAGAAGUUGCAAACCUUUGCAAUGAGAUCCGGCCGCACGCGCUUGCCUUGGUCACUUCUUUCAGCAUCCCUGAUGUUUUUCUAAGUUCGACUAGGUUGCAGCGAAUUCUUGGUCGGUGUCUUAAGACCUGCGAUUCACUUCCUCUGCCAAGCUUGUAUUUUCUUAACUCUCGGAAUCAAAGGACUCACAGGGAAAGAUUAUCUAUCCUACAUAUGUAAUAGGAUAAUGACUUAUCCUAUAUGACAUUCUCAUAUCUCUCCAUUUCAAAAUUCCUCAACUCCCUUCAUUUGCAUUUAUUCUUAUUAUAUACAUUCUUAAAUUAUAUAAUUUUAAUUUUUUAGGUAUAUUGAA